AUGUAUAGUGCGAGUCGGGAAGUCAAAAGGGGCGCAUCUCACUUCAAGCUUAACACACCCGUAUCGCUGUCCAAUUGCAGCCUAGUUAGGGUGGUGAUAAAACCCACGCCUAUAUUAAGGCCAAAGAAAAUAAAGAUCAGAUUGUUCUGGUCCGAAACCUUGUCUGGACCAUAUACCUAUAAUGCACUAUCAUAUCACUUACCAAGGACCCAGCUUCAUAACCGUCACCAAAAUAUUGAUGGAGGGCAUACUCGGUGCAGUGCCCUCCAGCAGUCAAAGUGUUCAGCGACCGGAAAUGCAGCUAGAAAAAGGAGUGAGUUGGCUAUGGAAGAAAACACUCUGGAGCCCACGGCUUGGCCAAAUGUAAGCAAAUCUCAGCCCUUACAAGCACAAGAACUCGCUUACAUUACGAAACAGCAGAUGGAAUAUUUCGUGGUCUUCGUGGGUCUUCUAACGCUCUUCAACAGCGUCUUCGAUUCCCAGUGGCGGGAUUCGUUCCAUCGUCGCGAUACAUAUGUGACCGGGCCCCUGGCCUUUGGGCCUAUGAGCGAGCACCUUUGUUCUCUUUGCUUUCUUCCCACUUGCGUGCGCCGUAACCCCGAGUUGGUUGGCCCUAAACAUCUUUCGAUCACUCUGCGGCAUUUGCGCAUCCAGGGGUAUUUUGCAUUUAUCUAUCGCUCUCCCUUGACGCGGGGUCGGAUUAUGGCUCUUUCAAUGGCAGUCACUGCUGCUGGCCUGCAAUUUGGCCCUGUAUUUGCUGGUUCCGUUGCAACGGUAGGAUGGAAGUGGGUCUUCGGAGUGUCAGUUAUCCUUGCCGGUGUAGCUCUCGUUCCUGUUUUGUUUCUCCCAGAGACAUAUCAGCCGGCUCUAUCGCAUCAGCCGGGGCAGCGAGGAGAGGGCAUCAUUAUGAAGGCGUUUGCCCGACCAUUUUAUGUGCUAUUUUCCGAGCCAAUCUUAUCUUUCAACUUGUCUUUACGUAUCCUAUGCCAGCGCUAUUUUCUGUGGGUAUUCCGUUCCAUUUGCAAAAUUAUGGCCGUGACUGAUUUACGAGUCAUGUAUUUCGAGGAGUGCCCGCUGGUUUUCCAAGGAGUGUAUGGAAUGAGCGACGGCAUAGCAGGAUUGGCCGCCCUCCCAAGUACUCGCAGUAGGAGUCUACUUCUCCGAGCUUAUCUGAAAAUCGUUCCUCGGAAAAGAGAGACCCGAUUCCAAUCUCCACCACUGAACAGCAAAGCCGGUUCCUGCCAGGGCGGCUUACCCCGACUGAGAUUGGUAACUUACAGCUUCUUUCUAUGUGGAUCCGAUAAUUUCCCACUCAUCUCAUUGACACAGCAGCAUUCACAAUUCUACAUUCUACCCAUACGGGUUAAUGAAUGCUUAAGCAAAGGCCUAUCACACUUAUAG